AUGAAUAGAAUAGUUCUUUCAUAUUCAUUUCGUCGUUUAUGGUUUUCCGUAAAUCAUAAUCGUACGAUUUAUACAGCUCAAAAUGAAUCAUCACCGCUUCAAAUUUAUCGAAAUAAAAUUAAAGCAUAUGAGUUACGUUCUGAUCCACGUCAAGAAAAAUUGAUGAGUAUGCUCGAUAAAUUAUAUUAUGAUCUACAAACAUAUGAACCACAAACAACACAUAUUGAAACAGCUACUCUUCCGGAUAAAAAUAAAACAUUAUUUUCAAAAUUAACAAAUGCAUUUAAAACAUCAAAUACAAAAAACGAUUUCGUUGAACGACCAAAAUCAUUGUAUGUUUACGGUGGUGCUGGUUGUGGUAAGAGUUUACUUAUGGAUAUUUUCUUCGAAUGUAUGCCAAUUAAAGAAAAACGACGAGUACAUUUCAAUAGUUUUAUGCUUGAAUUUCAUAAUCGUAUGCAUCGAGUUCGAAGUAAUAAUGCUGCUGUAUCCGAUGAUUUACUUGGUAGUGUUGUGGAAGAAAUAUUGAAUGAAGUUUGGCUUUUAUGUUUUGAUGAAUUCAUGGUUUUGGAUAUUGGUGAUGCUAUGAUUAUAAAACGUUUAUUUGAACAUUUAUUUGCUAAAGGUAUGAUUAUGGUUGCAACAUCAAAUCGUCCACCGGAUGAUCUUUAUUAUCGAGGAAUAAAUCGAGAAUAUUUUACUCCAUUUAUACCACUUCUACAUAAAAUGUGCACAGUACAUAAUAUGGAUUCAUCAACAGAUUAUCGUUUAAUUGGUACUCAGGGACAUGUUCAAACAGUGUUUGAUGCUCGUCGACCGGAAACUGCGUCUGAAUUAGAUGCACUUUGUACACGUCUUACUUCUCCAUUUAAACCAGAAACCGCAACACUUGAUAUCAAUGGUCGAAAUAUUACAGUUCCUUGGCAAGCACGUGGCAUUGCAAAAUUUUCUUUUGAUGAACUAUGUCGUCAUGAAUAUUUUUCAGCUGAUUAUAUAGCUAUUGCAUCAACAUAUCAUACGUUAAUUUUAACUGAUAUACCAAAAUUAAAUAUUGAACAACGUGAUCGUGUACGACGUUUUAUAAUUCUUGUUGAUGAGUUAUAUAAUCAUAAUACAAAAUUAAUUCUGUCAAUGUCUGUUGAUACAGUUAAAGAUAUAUUUAAUCCACUAAAAAAUGAUCCAAAUUUAAAACGUGAAGAUCUUCUUACUAUGGAUGAAUUUCAUUCAUUUGAUAGAACAAUAUCACGUCUUGUUGAAAUGCAAUCGAAAGAAUAUUUAGCUAAACCAAAACGAUUUAGUAAUCAGAAUAAAUCUCCUGAUGAAUGGUCACAAUUACAAUAA